AUGUCACCGCACAGAGAUGUUAAACUUCCACCGCUGUCACCGGCACCAGAACGAAGACUUACAAUUGACCACAGUGUUCCAAAUAACACUGUGCAGACGCCAGCGGAAGGACAAGAAGGACAAAGUGUAGUCAGAAAGUUGUGUGUUGCAGGCGGCAGUCACAUUUAUGCAGGCGCAGGGAGAAAACCCCAACUGCUGAUGCACAUGGAAAACUAUGUGACCAGGGAGCUUCACACUAUCAGUCCCAAUGAGCCCCUACAGCAGGAAGUGAAGCUACAGGUCUACCGUCAUAUCUUUGGUUGUUUCAUCAAAGAGUUCAAAACCUACCAACCCAUCCUGUCUGCUAUCAAAAAGGAAUAUGAAAACACUUUAGCAUACCAGCAGGAUCAAAUCCGAGAACUGGAACCGCUGCGAUCCAAACUGUGGCUGGUGAGGGAGGAAUGUGAGCGUAAGAUUCAAGCUCGCUCUGGAGAGGAGCAGGCUGAGAUCGGAGCCUUGAAAAGGGAGAAGCAGCAGCUGCAGAGGGACAUCGAGGCCACGAGGGAGAAAGACACGGGCCUUCAGCAAGUGGUAGAACGUCUGCAGAGUGAACUGUCAAACCAGUAUCUGCAGUACCGGGAGGAGCGUGACGCCCGCAGGCUGCUGAUUGGUCAGCUCAGUUACCUAACAAGAGCUUCUGGGAAGGAGGAGAACACUGCAGAUGAAAAUACAGAAGAGGCCAAGGACCCAGAGGCGCUGCAGCUCGCUCUGAGGAUAUGUCGGGGAGAUCUGACUUCAGCCCAGGAGGAGCUCACCAGGAUGAGGGCAGAGUACUGGGAUGUUGUACCACGACGCAACUGGGACACCCUGGAACAAACACACACGCAGACACUCCUGCAGUUUAAGACGCUGCAGGGUGACUUUAAUCAGCUGAGCAGUGAGUACGACACCUUACUGGAGCUCCACAAAGGAAGUGACGAGCCGGUUGAGACACUCGACUCCAACACUGUGCAGGUGGAUUUGAGUUCGUUUAAAGGGCAAAGCCAAAUUCAGUCCAGCCAGCGUGAGAGCGACACCCUCCCUGUCCAGGAGUUCAGGGAAGACAUGAGCACAGCGUUCCCUCUGAAGACGGAUGAAGAAAUCAAUGAACUUGUGACCUUGGCUCAAAGUGAAGCAGACAGAAACAAUGACAUCAUCUCCUCCCAGAGGCUCCACAGCUUGCUUGAAGAAUCUGAUGUGGCAGCCCAAGCUCCAGUUCUUGACCAAUCCGAGGAAGACUUUGAGUCAAAUAGUUUUCCUGCCAGCAACUGA